AUGGACCACUACGUCUCUAUAAAUGAAGAAAUAACUAAUAAACAGGGUGAUUACUGUUUUAUUUGUCUAGAAGACUCUUCUAAUAACGAAUUAGAGCGAUGCUGUACCCAAUGCUAUGCAGUGGUCCACAAGGAAUGUUGGUUGAGGUGGAAUAGAUCACAAAGAAUAGCUGCUAUCAGAAGCACAGUAUUAGGUGAAAGCAUAAGAGAAACAACACUAUGUACAAUAUGUCGCAGUGGAUCUGUUUAUAUUGAUGAAGAUGAUACACUUGAUUUUAACUGGACAUUUAAUCAUGGGUUAAUUAGACAGUUUUUAUACUUUGUAGCUGAAAGAGUGGGUAGCAGAUCUUAUCUAACCCAAAUAGGAUUGAAUGAUCAUCCUUUAUGUAAUUCUAAAAUAUUGGCUAUUAAUGGACUUAUACUAACUAUUAUUUUCAUGUGUAUACUUCACCAAGACUUAUCCCCAAGUAGCAAGACUGUUAUAGGAAUUAUAUUGUGGACUUACACAGCAAUGGUUAUUCAACUCCUUUUACUAGCAGGUAUCUACAGAAAGCAGAUUCUAAGAGAAUUAUGUAUUCCAGAACCACAUCUGGAUGACUCUUUACAAGAUGCACAAAACUAG